UGCUGGCUGUAUAAAUACAGCCACAGAACUGAACAGUGUAUCAUUGACCACCUCGACAGCUCCAUCACCCACAACUUUCCAGAAAUACUCCUCAGAAUGGUUUCCAAACAAGUCCUUGUCGUCGCUGUGUUCUGCAGCAUGUACGCAGUUGCCGUCGCCUCAAACCCGUGCAUCGCAGCGUGUUCAGGCCGCCCCAACGGUGACUACCAAUCCUGCAACGGCUGCGACGUGUACGCGACGUGUGCCAACGGUUACCUGUACGACAACCGACCCUGCGUUGCUGGCACAGUGUGGGAUGACACACUCAAACGCUGCGAGAUGACUUCAACCACCUGCCCCCCAGACCCCUGUGUCAGUUCCUGCAACGGCCUUGCCAACGGUGACUACCAAUCCUGCAGCGGCUGUAACGUGUACGCAUCCUGUAACGGUGGCUUCAUUAUCGACAACCGACCCUGUCCCGCUACUCUAGUGUGGGACGACAGCCGCAAGGCCUGCGAUACAUCCUCCACAACAUGUUCUUAAAACACAACCAGUUUGACAUGUUCUGACAAGGCCGCCUGUGUGACCUGUUUUUCAAACACCACCUCUGUGACCUGUUUUGAAACACCACCUCUGUGACCUGUUUUGACACACCACCCCUGUGACCUGUUUUUGAAACACCACCUCUGUGACCUGUUUUUGAAACACCACCUCUGUGACCUGUUUUUGAAACACCACCUCUGUGACCUGUUUUUGAAACACCACCUCUGUGACCUGUUGUUGAAACACCACCUCUGUGACCUGUUGUUGAAACAUCUCAGAUUAUUGAUGUUAGCUUCUCGGUGAUACAGUGACGAAUGUAUUUAUUAGAUAACAAAUAAACUGCCAGUCGAAUAUAUAAUGUACUGAAAUGUAUUUAAUAACAGGGGAUGCAUUUCUUCCUAUAACGGGAAACGAUAGUUUAACUAUACUUGAGAUUUUGAAAAUAAGAUACAUGCAUCUGUGUUUUAAUUUCAUCAUUUUAAAAAACUUUUAAUUCUCAAUUUCACUUAUUUCAUUUCCUUGCCUGUUCAGGUAUUUUGUUCGGUAGCAUACCCGCACAUCAGUAUCACAACGUAUAACGUUAAUCAAGGACGGUAAACUGGCAUUAUAAAUUUUGACGAAAUCUGUCCAUUUGUCAAAACAAAUCUGAUAGAAGUCAUUUAAUGAAACUAUUUAUUAUUUCAAACAACAAAUGUAUCAUUACCUGGCUACAUUAUUUUUAUACCGUAUUUCGCGCUUUUCACUUAUUUAACGUUACUUAGUUUUGUUAAUCCGUGUAUGUUUUCAAUAUCUUUUUUGUACAUCCAUAUUUAACAAUUAUUAUCAUUCAGUCGCGCUGUAUUAUUUAUUAUAUAUUAUGAUCAAUAAAAUUCAUUUAAACUUU